GUGGCAGGCGGACCAUGGGGGAGGCGGCGGGGCCGCGCGGGCUCUAAGCAAGAGAAAGGUGGCCACGGGCCGGGCUGAGUCGGGAGAAGGCGACCAGACUUGCUCACGAAGGGCGAGCCAGAACCCGCCAGUGAGGCAGGGCAGGAGGGUGCGAAGCCAGGUACCAGGGCGCAGCGCAACGGCCCGGGAGACCCGCCGCCCACCGGAGACCGCAGCUGCCCGCUCUCGGCUGUGGGAUGUCGGAGCGAUCCAGGCAUCCAGGACGCUGACGGAGCGAGCCUGAGGAUGGGACGGCGCCCGCAGCUCCGGCUCGUGAAGGCCCUUCUCCUUCUGGGACUGAACCCUGUCUCGGCCUCCCUCCAGGCUCAGCACUGUGAGAGCCUCUCCCUGACCAGCAAUGCCUCCGGCCUGCAGUGCAAUGCCUCCGUGGAUCUCAUUGGCACCUGCUGGCCCAGGAGCCCUGCAGGGCAGUUGGUGGUUCGGCCCUGCCCUGCCUUUUUCUAUGGUGUCCGCUACAACACCACAAAUAAUGGCUACCGGGAGUGUCUGGCCAACGGCAGCUGGGCAGCCCGCGUGAAUUACUCUGAGUGCCAGGAGAUUCUCAACGAAGAGAAGAAGAGCAAAGUGCACUAUCACAUCGCCGUCAUCAUCAACUACCUGGGCCACUGCAUCUCCCUGGUAGCCCUCCUGGUGGCCUUUGUCCUCUUUUUACGGCUCAGGAGCAUCCGGUGCCUGAGAAACAUCAUCCACUGGAACCUCAUCUCGGCCUUCAUCCUGCGCAAUGCCACGUGGUUUGUGGUCCAGCUCACCAUGAGCCCCGAGGUCCACCAGAGCAAUGUGGGCUGGUGCAGGUUGGUGACAGCUGCCUACAACUACUUCCAUGUAACCAACUUCUUCUGGAUGUUCGGUGAGGGUUGCUACCUGCACACGGCCAUUGUGCUCACGUACUCCACUGACCGUCUACGCAAGUGGAUGUUCGUCGGCAUCGGCUGGGGUGUACCUUUCCCCAUCAUUGUGGCGUGGGCCAUUGGGAAGCUGUAUUACGACAAUGAAAAGUGCUGGUUCGGCAAACGCCCUGGAGUGUACACUGACUACAUCUACCAGGGUCCCAUGAUUCUGGUCCUGCUGAUCAACUUUAUCUUUCUCUUCAACAUUGUCCGCAUCCUCAUGACCAAACUCCGGGCAUCCACCACGUCUGAGACUAUUCAGUACAGGAAGGCUGUGAAAGCCACUUUGGUGUUGCUGCCCCUCCUGGGCAUCACCUACAUGUUGUUUUUUGUCAACCCUGGAGAGGACGAGGUCUCCAGGGUCGUCUUCAUCUACUUUAACUCUUUUCUGGAGUCCUUUCAGGGCUUCUUUGUGUCUGUGUUCUACUGUUUUCUGAACAGUGAGGUCCGCUCUGCCAUCCGGAAGCGGUGGCAUCGGUGGCAGGACAAGCACUCCAUCAGAGCCCGAGUGGCCCGCGCCAUGUCCAUCCCCACCUCCCCGACCAGAGUCAGCUUUCACAGCAUCAAGCAGUCCACAGCAUUGUGAGCUACAAGCCACAGAGCAGCACCCUGAGACCUAAGGCUGGGGAGAUGAUGCAAGCUC